AAUAGAACAAGGAAGGAAGUGUCUAGAACAUGUGAUGUGCUUUGCUUAAAGGCCAAGAUUUUCACAUUCCGCCAUUGUUGUACCUUCAAUUCCAAUUCCAAUUCCAAUUCAAUCUUCAUAUCAUUCUCUUCUUCCAAUUCCCAAAUUGAAUUUUAUUGGGGGUAAAGCUAAAGGUUUUUUUUUUUGCUAUGGCGGGAAGAGGUGGCAGAACGAGGGGUUUGUUGCCAUUUCUGGCUCUGGAAACGGUCCUUCAUUAUCAGAGGCUGGAGAGGAAGCCUCCCAUCACCGCCGGACUUAUGGCCGCCAAUUGUCUCAUCUACUUGAGGCCAGCUUUUCUUGAUUCCAUUCUCCCUACCAUUGAUGAAGUCUGGUUCAAUCCUCGUCUAAUUUUCAAGUAUGGGGACUUGAAGCGGUUUUUCUUGUCGCCAUUCUAUCACAUUGGGGAGCCUCACUUGUUUUACAACAUGCUGUCCCUCUUAUGGAAGGGGGUUCAGCUCGAAACUUCAAUGUCGAGCGUCGAAUUCGCAUCCAUGGUUGCUUCUUUGCUUGCCAUGUCCCAAGGAAUAACCCUUCUGCUUGCCAAGUCCCUUCUCUUGUUCUUCGACUAUGGAAAGCCAUACUACUCCGAGUAUGCAGUUGGAUUUUCUGGGGUCCUAUUUGCCAUGAAAGUCGUCCUCAAUUCACAGUCCUCAAACUACACCGACGUGUAUGGACUCUUAGUUCCAUCUCGCUACGCCGCCUGGGCAGAACUGAUUCUUAUCCAAAUGUUUGUUCCUGGUGUUUCCUUCCUCGGUCAUCUCGGUGGAAUUCUUGCUGGGAUUGCCUAUCUGCGCUUGAAGGGUAGUUUUUCUGGUCCUGACCCACUUGCUAUCCUCAUUGGAGCUUUCGGUCAAGGUCUCACCAAUUUCGUAACCUGGCCCAUGAGAAUUGUUAAGGACUUGUUUCGAUGGAGGAGGCGACGAAUAUCUGGUCGAGGAACUGUUGGAGGAGGAGGAGGUGGCGGGAAUAGGCGAGGAAGAGCUGAAUCUCGGACCACUUGGAGAUGCCCUGCGUGCACCUAUGAUAAUUAUGGCUUGUUAAGCAUAUGUGAGAUGUGUGGCACCAGUCGAACUGGGGAUGACCUAUCAAGUUUUAGUCCACCAUUUUCGAGGGGAUCAGACGAUCGCCUUUCUUUGGAGGAUCUUCGCCGCCGGAGAAUUGAAAGAUUUAACAGGUAAAGAUUCAAUAGUUUUUGAUGGAUUUGGGGUUAGAGACUGUCAUAUAGUUCAGCAAAGAUGUAUAUGAAGAAAUUGAUCUGCCAUUGAUGGUUUCUCAUCCCUCCCUGAAAUUUCAGAAUGUACACACAAACAGAGCUCAUUUCAGACUCAACUUUGCACUCCUAAAUGGCAAAGUUUGAUGGGAAAAUAUUAGUGAUAAAUCUCUUAGAUAAUAAUGGAUAUAUAGUUUUUCAUGGUUAAGCUGAUACAUAAAUAAUUUUUUUUAAUAAUAUAAAUAUGUAAGUUUCUUUGUGUAAUAAGUUAGAGGAUUUUGUUGGUAAUUUGGUAGAGAAGUUUCUGAACUUCAAAUUCAAAUUCAAAUUCACUUUCACUAAA